AUGCUGCUGCUACUCUACCGACUGACGACCUCGGGCACAGAAAGAGGAGCACAGACAGAGCCUGGUGGAGCCUGUUCCAACGGGACGGAUCCGAGGAUUCAUUUCGCUUCACAGCCGCCUGAGUUAAGUGGUAGUAAACCUCGAUCCACUCAGCACCCCUCGUCUUUCGCUUGGCCUCCUUCUGGGUUCAUAUCUGUUGGCUGGGGGGUUAUCCGCAAAUUGGAGCUGCCUGGUCGAGAGGAUCCUUUCGAGAAUCACCUUUCUCCAAACAGACCACUAAAAUACCCAAAGCAUUCGAACAUCUGGUACAUUUUUUGUCAGGCGCGCGAAGCUUGUAAUAAAAGCGACUUUUAUCCACUUCAUUUUAAUGCCAGUCUUCCCGGAUGA